AAAUUAAAGAUGUCUGUGGGAUCCACAUUGAACCAGAUUUUACCUGUGCGUUUUCUAGGAUUCAUUCCUCUUUUCAUUGGAGUUGAGAUUGUUCUCGGAAUUUCCAUCUUGAACAAAGCUGGAGGCGUUUACGGUAUCUUGUCGAUCAUAACGGGCCAUCCACUCAACUUCUGGCAAUGGCUCUACAACAUUUUGGCUAUCUUUACAUUGCCAUUCUACAUUUCUGCAUUGAUUCACUUGAGAGACAAGCCUAGAAAUGUGAGGAAAUUGUCACUUGCCACAAUUGUCUAUGUCUUGGAUACAGCAAUAGGAAUUUUUUAUACAUUGUACUUUAUCUAUUUCUGGUUUAGUCUGGAAGAUGUGUCUAGUGAAGAGAUUGAAAAAAGAGCAGAAGUGUCUUCAGCUUUGUCAUCGCAAUCAGCUUCCAUCGCUAGAGAGUUAUACGUGACUCUCAGCACCACUAUUGUGAUCUCUGCCAUCAGAAUCUAUUUCACAAUGGUGAUAGUAUCUUUCACGAGAGCAUUGUUGAAGCAAGAUGUCAACGAAAACAGAUACAACGACAGUUCAAGAACCGGCGACGACGAUGACGAACAGGAAGUCAAUGCUUCCAAGGGAGUGUUAGGCGAAUGGAAAAAGUUUGUGUUUGAGUUGGAGAUCAAGUCGAAGGAAGUGUUGACUGCAUUUUUCAGAGGCUGAAGUUUUAGUGGUGAUUCUGUUCGCUAAUUUUUCCGAACAUAAUACCAUUUUCAUUACGUAUCGUACUAAUAAAUGUAAUAGACGUGAU